AUGUCGAUACCAAGCGCCAUCUCCAGGACGGCACCUAUUGCUAUCGCGCCCAGACCCUCCCGCUUCACCCCGAACCGCCAAGGAGGCACACAUCCAGACGCCUACCCUGGGGGUAGUUUUCACCAACAGCAUCCCUCCCACCACCAGAACAGCGGUUUCGACACCCCAGAUUCAGUCGGAUCCCCUUCGACAGGUUUUCCGGCCUGGCCUUGUGAAGCCUGCCAGCAACGCCGGAACAAGUGCGUCAUGAGCGACGACGACGACGCCUGUAUUGCCUGCAGAGCCCGCGGAACCGAAUGUUCGCUGGUCGGCAGCCCGCCUCCACGGAAGAGGAAACUGCACGGUGACUAUAGUGAGAGCCUGAGCAAACGAGGGUCCCCGGGGCUUGACACCAACAGUAGAGGUGGGCGACAGCAUCAGUCGAGCCUGUCCAGCACCGCAGCAAGCAGUUCGUUCAUCGAGGAGAUGGCCAAUUUUGGCGGGCCGACCCUGCUGAAGAGGACAUUGGGUCUGCAGGACGACCGCUAUAGUCAGUAUAUCGGGCCCACGACGGACUUUGAGCCGUCCCUGAUCAACCUCUCCACUUUUGACCCCCACGACGAGAGCCUCCUGUCACGAGGAGUCCUCCGCAAGGUCAGCGAGCAUGACACGUUCCUCCUCCUGCCGGAUCAGAACACCAUCGGCUAUGAGCACAUCCUCGAAGAUGUCGACGAGAUCGAGAGGAUUGUCGCACCUCAUGGCCGCAAGCUGAUAGACCUCUACUUCCGCAUCGUCCACCCGGCCUUCCCCAUCAUUCAAAAGAACGUCUUUUAUGAAAAGUACGAGCGCUCGCCCAGGGAGUUUUCCCCGCCGCUGCUGGCCGCCAUGUACAUCCUGGCCAUCAACUGGUGGGACCAGGACGACGACCUGUCGUCACAGCUGCGGCCCAACGUCAGGGACCUCGAGAGGCUGGUGCGCACCACACUGCCCGACGCCAUGUACAGACCAAAACUGUCCACCGUGCAGGCAGGGCUGCUGCUCUCCCAGAGGCCCGAGGGCGACCAGUGGGCACCAACGGCCCAGCUGAUUGCCAUUGCUCAGGAGCUGGGCCUGCACCUUGACUGCUCCAGCUGGAAGAUCCCGCUUUGGGAAAAGGGGCUGCGGAAACGACUGGCCUGGGGCCUUUACAUGCAGGACAAAUGGGGCUCUCUCGUGCACGGGCGGCCCUCACACAUCUUUGCCAGCCAGUGGGGAGUGCUGCCCCUCGGCGGAGGAGACUUCCCAGAUGUAGAGUGGGACGAGGAGGACGUCGAUGCCAAGCAGGACAUUGAGAAGGGCCGCGUGCUCUUCAUGCAGAUGAUCCAGCUGUCGCAGAUUCUCGCCGAGAUCCUCGAGACCUUCUACACGCUGCAGGCGAUGCAGAACGUUACCAAUGCCGGCGCCCAGGGGACGCACCUCGUCCUGUCGCUGGCGAAACCCAUCCAGCUGAAGCUGAAGGAGUGGUACGCCGCUCUGCCCGCCUCGAUCCGCAUGGACUCGACAUACCAGACCCUGUCUGCCAACGCCAGCAGCCCAGCCCGCCUGAGCAGUAUAGGCUACCUACACCUGGGCUACUUUGCCACUGAGAUCACGCUGCACAGGCGCAUCGUGCGGUCACUGGCCUCGACGCACCCGUCUCCAGCCGACAGCUACGUCCUGCACAUUUGCCGCAACGCCGCCAAGGCGCGCCUCAUCUCGGCCAUGGACUUUGUGAACCGGCUCACGCCGUCGCACCUGCGGGCCUUUUGGUACUUUGCCUCCAAGACCAACUUUGCGCUCAUCGGCACCUUCGGGUCGCUGCUGUGGGCGACGAGUCCUGGGCGCGAGGAGGCCGAAUGGUACCGCCGGCGGCUGGGCGAGUACAGGUGGACGCUGUCUGUGUCGUCAAAACCGGGCGAGGGCAAAGGGCUGACCGAGUUCGCCAUGGGCAUGCUCGACAUCUCGACGGGCCUGCUCAAGAAGCUGCCGGAAAAGCCCACCAUGAGCCGGUCCGGGUCUAUGACGGGCCUCGCUGGAUCUGCAGGCGCGAGGCGGUCGAGUAUGGACCUCGAUACUGGCGGCGGCAGCGGUGUGCCCAGCGCCAUGUACAGCCCGCGUACGCCUGACGGAGAAGGGAGCGAGGCCAGCGGAAGUAGUGACGAGGCUAUGUAUGGAGGCGAGUAUGCCACGUCUUCGCGCCACAUCUGA